AUGGCAUUAAAACAACAAGCUAAGACAUCAUCAAAAAACGUUAAAAACAACAACACUCGUAUCAAAAGCAACCUUCGGAAAUGCAACACCAACGAAAUUGAUACUACAGGAAAAAGAUUCAUCUUUCAAGUUCGAGGUGCAUCUUAUCCUCCAAUACGUGGUGGUCGUACUCUUAGCCGUCAAAAGAAUUCGAAAAAUUGUAAAUUUUGUAAUCAGAAUCAUCAGUAUAUCGAUAGUUUGGAGGCGAGCUUGAGAAAUUUAGAGCUAAUUGCCGACAAGAUGAGUAGAGUUAAGGUGACAACGAACAGUCUUGAAAAAGCAAAAUUCGAUUUUUCAGAUAUGGAUAUCGAAGAGCUUUUAAAUAUAUCACAAAAUAUUCGGCUAGAAAUUUGA